AAAAUGGAAAGGUCAAACCAUUCAGUGGUAUCUGAGUUCGUCUUGCUAGGCCUUUCCAAAUCUCAGAAUCUUCAGAUUUUAUUCUUUGUGGCAUUCUCUGUGGUCUAUGCUGGGAUUGUAUUAGGAAAUCUCCUCAUCUUGGUCACUGUGACAUUUGACUCAUGCCUUCACACACCCAUGUAUUUUCUGCUUAUCAAUCUCUCCUGCAUUGAUAUGAUCUUGGCUUCUUUUGCUACCCCGAAGAUGAUUGUGGACUUCCUCCGAGAACAGAAGAUCAUUUCCUGGUGGGGCUGUUAUUCUCAAAUGUUCUUCAUGCACCUCUUAGGUGGGAGUGAGAUGAUGUUGCUUGUAGCCAUGGCAAUAGACAGGUAUGUUGCCAUAUGCAAACCCCUCCAUUACAUGACCAUCAUGAGCCCACGAGUGCUCAUUGGGCUACUCUUAUCCUCCUAUGUAGUUGGAUUUCUGCAUUCAUCUAGUCAAAUGGCUUUCAUGUUGAAUUUGCCCUUUUGUGGUCCCAAUGUUGUGGACAGCUUUUUCUGUGACCUUCCCCUUGUGAUCAAACUUGCCUGCAAGGACACCUACAUUCUACGACUCCUGGUCAUUGCUGACAGUGGCCUCCUGUCCCUUGUCUGCUUCCUCCUCUUGCUUGUCUCCUACACAGUCAUCAUAUACUCAGUUAGGCACUGCACUGCUAAUGGUUCCUCUAAGGCCUUCUCCACUCUCUCAGCACACAUCACAGUUGUGAUUCUGUUCUUUGCCCCAUGUGUCUUUAUCUAUGUAUGGCCCUUCAGCAGAUACUCUGUAGAUAAGAUUCUUUCUGUGUUUUAUACAAUUUUCACACCUCUCUUAAAUCCUAUUAUUUAUACAUUAAGGAAUCAAGAAGUAAGAGCAGCCAUUAAGAAGAUAAGGACUCGACAUAUAAAUCGAAACAGACUUUGUAAAUAA